CUCCGCUCGCCCCCCUCAGGCCGGGGCGCUGGGCCUGGUGCGGCCUUCCCGGCGGGACCGGCCUCCCCGCACCGCAGAGGGGGGCCGGGACGGGCUCGUCCGGGGAGGCGAGGGGCUGGAGCAGGCGGUUGGGCUGCGGGAGAGACGUGUUUUGGGUCCACAAGAGAAGGGAACCACAAGAGAAGGGUGGCGGUGCAGAGGUGGGCCUCGGCUGGCAGCUGGGCUGUCCUGUGGAGAAGCCAAACGAAGGUGUUUUCCAGUUAUGCACUUUCCCAAGUCAGGAAUGGGUACACAAGUUUCAAUGGAUUUCACAAGUCCCCCGCUAUCUUUACAAGAUAAUGGUUUUAGUAUGGUAAGCCCCGACCCUGUUGGCACAUCACAAGAUGAGAUGGAAAAACUUAAAGAAGAACUGAAGAAAUGGAAGGCAAGUUUUGAAAAAGCUGAAAAAGUAAAAGCUGACCUUCUUCUCUGUAAAUUAAGUGCCAAUGAAGAGUGCAUUAAAGCAGAGGAGGAGCUGAAAAAGCUCAAGGACUUUCAAGAGAAACAGCAUAAGGACAUUAUUAUGUCUAGGGACACCCAGGAGAGAGAACUCAAUGUACUAAAACAAGAAAACGCUGAGCUGAAGAGAGAGAUUGAAAAGCUCAAAGAAGACCUUGCAGAAUAUAGUUCUGUGCCUUCGCAGGAUAGUCAGAUUAAAAAAAAGGUAGCGGGAAUGAAACUGAAGUUCACUCACAUGGAAGACAUGAGGGAUGAUUAUUCAGAUAUGGAUACUCACUGUGUUUUUGGUGCAACUACAAAAAUUCCAUUCAGACUGAAUCAAAACCAGGCACUGCUUACUUUUGAAGAUGAAGAAGUUGCCCAGAGACUGAUAAAAAUGGGUAAGCAUACUGUGAACCUGGACAACAAAAUAGCAGAUGUGAGUGUGAAGCCUUUUACACUUGACAUGGGAAUCAAAUUUGAGCUCCAUGUCACUAUGUCGGGAAAGAAGAUCAAUGUUUCAGAAGUACCUGACCUAUCCAUUCCUGAAGACUGGGUGAGAGACAAAUUAGAGCUGAACUUCUACAAAUCUGAACAGGGCGGAGGAGGAGAAGUAGAACAUGUGGGCUAUGACAAGCAGUCUAGAACAGCCGUUAUUACGUUCCUCAGACCUGGAGCAGCUAACGGCUUUGUGAACUGUACUAAAUACCCUUUCUUUGUAAAUGGAAGGUGCUAUAGGCUUUCUGUGUCCCCAGACAUCAACGUACACUUGGAAAAGUUUCAGCUCUAUUGUGGGAUUUCUAAGAAGACCAUUCUGUUGAAAGGAAUUCAAGAGGUGGAAGAUGAUGAGGAAAGUGUACAGGACAUGAUUGAAAUUCAUUUUCAAAAGCCUAGUAAUGGCGGCGGGGAAAUAGAGAAUAUCAAAUAUGUAUCAAAAGGAGUAACAUGGGUUUGUUUUGAGGAGGAUGCUUAGCAUGCCGUAGAGGAAAUUGUAGGUUGAACUCACGAAGUUCCAAGUAUUCGCAUCAUCAGAGGCGUCGAAAGUUAUGUACCUUGUACUUUAAUGUUCUGAAAUUUAUACUUGAAAAAGAGGAAUGACCUGUCUUUCUGAUUUGUGUAACAGCACAGACUGCAUAGAAAUUCAGUAAAACUCACUGCUUGGUGUCCCAGAGGUUCUUGAUUAUAGUCACAGUAAAAGCCUUUACCAGCACUUGAAACUUAAACGUAAGAUUGCUUUCUGCACAUUUGCAGAUUUUGUAUCUUGCACAUUUCAGACGGGUCACUCCCAAGUGGGAUAAACCUAUUCCUUCUUGUAUUUUGGUUACAAAAGCCAUAUGUUAUACCAUAAGAUUAUAGCCUGGUUUAUUGUUUACUUUUAACAUUUGUUUCUACAAUGACAUUUUUUUAUUAUUUUUGUUCAUGAUUUUGCUUACUUUAAAAUAUUAAGAGUUGAGAUCAUUCUUUACCUAAACUAGAUUAUUUUGGGGAAACAGUCUGAUGGGGUUUGCUGCAUGUGACUGGCCAGACUGCUGGCUCUGGGAGGGUAUGGAGGGAUGGGUCGGUUGGAAAAAGGCAUAUAGAGUUAAGGACGUUAAUUUUUUUCAGCAUGUAAAGUCCCCCUUUUGUUUCCAGUUCAUCCUUCCAGUUGCCAUUCUAAAAGAUCUUUGAAAUAAAAAGGAAGUGCAAAGUUGGGGGUGGAUUAUUUUCCAAGGAGGGGUGUUUUUCCUGUUCUGCUGUCAGCCUUUUUAUUUGCUACCUUUGGGGGCUGAAAUGUUUUGGCAACUUAACUUCAAAGUAGCACGGCUUUAACAUUAAAAAUAAUUUAUUUUUAUAGUCUUUGACAUCUUGUUAUGCAGGAAAACGACACUGCACCAAACUCAGAUAUACCUCAGAUACAUCCUCAGGUAUAUCUAUUAUAUACACCUCAGGUAUAUCUAUUAUUAUUCUAUUAUUAUUCUAAUUAUUAUUAUUAUUCUAGAGAAGCUGUUAGUAGACAAUAGAUAGCGUUGAAUAUGGGAAACGAAAAGGCUGCCAGCACCGCAGUUGAUUUUUACUGUGAAUUUACUGUUGGGUGAGAUACAUGUGACUGCAGCACCUCUUGCUGUCUAGUGCGUGCAAAGGCACGGAUGGAUUACCUGAAAAUUAUGAAGUA